AUGCAGGGGCCAGGCAAUGGGGCAGGGAUGGGGCAACCGCCCCUGGGAAUGCCUGGGGGCAUGCGAGUACCUUUGCCUCCCGGUGGUGUAAUGAGCGCGAUUCCCAUGGGCAACAUUCGAGCUGGAAUGCCUGGCUUAGAUGCUGAUAAUGUACGCCAGGGCGUUAUCUUUGUCGGUGGUCUUCCUUCCAAGAUCACGGAAGGGGACCUAGCAACCUUCUUCAGCAACUGGGGCCAUGUAGUCGAAACGAAAAUUAUUGCCGAUCGCGAGACUGGGAAACCAAAAGGAUAUGGUUUUGUGACCUUUGCGGACCAUUCCGUGGCUGUGAGUCUCAAGCAACAAGGUUCCGUCACGUACCAGGGAAGGCCCAUGAACAUAGGCAAUGCUGGGGUGCGUCUGGCAGGGGAAGGGGCCGAGGCGGCUAUGCGUAUGGACGCCGCAAUAGCCAAAGAGAGAGCAUUCCAGCCUUUUAUGGAGGUAUGUGUGUGGAAUCGUACGGCCGUUGGCAUUGUUUAA